AUGCUUGAAACCAUCCGCAAAUACCUAUGCCGGUGUGAAAACCGCCCAAGACCACUAUCACAAGCCGAAAUCUCAAAAAGAAGCCUGGUCAAUUCCUCGCCCAUAAUCAGCGGUCUGCUCGUCAUAAGUGCGUUCACAGCCGCCGCUCUCCUUUCCAUCUUUAUCAGCCUUUCCCAGCCCCAAAAGAACGCAACAAUCAUCGCCCUCUCGGUCGUAUUCUUCAUCGCCCAAUGUCUCUCUCUCAUCAUCUACAUUACCCACCGUUGUAUCUCGCCGCCUCCGAAUCGUCCGGGUAAAACCAUCUUCGUCUACUUCUUCCUGUGGAUCAUUAUCCAAGGCUUUGGGUUCAUUUUAAUUCACUGCCUCUGGAAGCGCGAAUGGCCAGAAAGCUUGAAGAACUGGGCUCAUGCAUGGAUGUUUUUGAGCAUUGCCACCAUGGCCCUGUGGGCCUACGCAAUCAUUACCAUCCUUGGACGUAUGCACUAUGGACGGAUAGUAAAGAAGGAUUUAGAGACACUGAGGGUGGCUGCAACACGCCAGCAUGUAGGCGGAAGAGAUGUCUCGGAUGCAGAUGAUGAAAAGGCGACCUACGAACAUGUUGAAUGCUGCCAGCCGCCGCUGCCUGCUUAUUUUACCAACAAGGCGAGAAGAUAG